CAAGCCAUGGCCUCUUCUCACUGGUGUUUCUGUCUGGUUCUCAUAUCCCUGGCCUCUGCCGCUUUCGCCGCCGUCCCGAAGAGGGCCAUCGACGUUCCCUUCGGCCGAAACUACUACCCAACUUGGGCUUAUGAUCACAUCAAAUACAUCAAUGGAGGUUCUGAGGUUCAUCUCAACCUCGACAAGUACACUGGUACUGGUUUCCAGUCCAAAGGAUCUUACUUGUUUGGCCACUUCAGUAUGCACAUCAAGAUGGUUCCUGGCGAUUCUGCUGGCACCGUCACAGCUUUCUAUCUAUCUUCCAAUAACAACGAGCACGACGAAAUAGACUUUGAGUUCUUGGGGAACAGAUCCGGACAACCUUACAUUCUGCAGACAAAUGUCUUCACCGGAGGCUCGGGUAACAGAGAACAGAGAAUCUACCUCUGGUUUGAUCCCACCAAAGAAUAUCACAGAUACUCUGUUCUCUGGAACCUGUAUCAGAUUGUAUUCUUUGUGGACGAUGUGCCAAUCAGAGUGUUCAAGAACAGCAAGGACCUUGGCGUGAAAUUCCCAUUUCAACAGCCCAUGAAAAUAUACAACAGUUUAUGGAAUGCAGAUGACUGGGCCACGAGGGGUGGUUUGGAGAAGACAGACUGGUCCAAAGCUCCCUUCAUAGCGACCUACAAGGGAUUCCAUAUCGAUGGGUGUGAGGCCUCCGUGAACGCCAAGUUCUGUGCCACUCAGGGCAAGAGAUGGUGGGACCAGCCUCAGUUCCGUGACCUUGAUGCUCUUCAAUGGCGAAGACUCAGAUGGGUUCGCCAGAAAUUCACCAUCUACAACUACUGCACCGACCGUAAGCGCUUCCCUGUAAUGCCACCUGAAUGCAAGAGGGACCGCGACGUUUAAAGCUUUAAACUUUUAUUUUUAUUAAUGUCAUAAGUUCAUACGAUUCCAUCUGUGUUUUCUUCUUGUAUUUGUCAUUCCGUUUACUACUGUCAGGAUUAUACUACACUAUUGGUUGAACUAUUUAAUUUUAACUAUAAAGAAGAUGGGGAUUCGGGAGAAACAGGGGAGGCUCUCUUUCUAGGAGAUUUCAUGAUGUAAGGCACUGUCUCCGUGAUUGAAUAUAAAAUUCAUAUACUUCAUCUUU